GUGCCAUAAAACUCAUCUCUUCCUUCCUUCCUUUGUUUAACAGAUUACUGAGUGGAAGAGAGAGAAAGUGAGAGAGGAGAGAGAGAGAGAGGGGUUGUGAUGGGAAACCACAAGUUUAAAUUAUCAGAUAUGAUGCCCAAUUCCUGGUUUAGCAAGUUGAAAGACAUGAGCAAACCCAGAAAAAAGCAAUCCAAGAAGAAAAAACAACAAAAACAACCCCCAUUUGCUGCUUCUUCUCCACCAGCAAAAAAUUUUACAGAGCCCUCAAAGCCAAAGCUGCAACUGCCCCACCACCUCCACUACUCCCCAAGACAGUCUUACUACUUCACAAGAGAGCUCACCUCCCCUGCGCCUGCCCCAUCUCACGGAUGCCCCACCUCCUCCGCCCCCACCAAUGACCCACCACCAAAAAAAUCCAACAGACAAAAACCGAGGAACAGAACUACCACCUUUCCCUCCUCCGAUCCCAACCUCCGAACUUCCUCUGUUUCCGCCGGCUGCGGCUGCCACUCCACCACCGUUGAAUCCGUCUGGACUAGAUCCCAAUCCCCACCUGGGACAUGGUCGUCUUCCUCCUUCGACAGCUCUCCAGACCCGCCGUCAGAGACGGAGUUUCUCGACGACGACGGUGAGCCUGAAUUCCGGUGCGACCGCGUUCUCUCCGCUUACCAUGUUGACUCCGGCAAAAAAGACGUCGUUGUCGACGUCGAAAAGGCGUCAGUGGCCAUGAAAUUAUCCGAUGUGAGAAUUGUAGAUGCGCCUGGUGAUGGUUUGGAAUCGUUUUCCGGGCUCGAUCUCCCUCCGAUUAUAACCAAGCCGGCAAAAUUCAGCGAAAUGGUGAGCGAAGUGAAGAAGAGCAAGAACAAGAAGAAAGAACAGAGGAAUAUUACCAACAGCGCUGGUAGAAGGCUUCCUUCAUCAAAUGCAGCUAUAUCUCCCGGCUUCCGCCUUCGGAAUUCGCCGAGGAUUUCCAACAGGAAGAUCAACCAGGCCUGCCUCAGCCGGCGGAGCGUGUCAUCGAAUUCGAGCUCGAAGCGGAGGAGCAUCUCCGACAGCUUUGCAAUUGUCAAGUCAUCGUUUGAUCCCCAGAGGGAUUUCAGGGAAUCAAUGGUGGAGAUGAUCAUGGAGAACAACAUCAAGGCGUCCAAGGAUAUGGAAGAUCUACUUGCAUGUUAUCUUUCUUUAAAUUCUGAUGAGUACCAUGAGAUGAUCAUCAAGGUGUUCAAGCAAAUCUGGUUUGAUCUCACUGACAUUGGGUCCAAGUAAUUACAAAUUACAAAUUUCGAGAAAACAAAAAAAACUGUUAACUGUAAAUUGUUAGUCUUAAUUUCCUUGGUUAGUUUGUCUUGUUUCUAAUAAAUUUCCUUACUUUUUAA